AUGGGUUUCAUGCUUGUUUACUGCUAUAUGUUAAUAGAGCCUAUGGAAAUUCGAAAUGAGUCUCAUGACUAUCCUCAUAGAGUGGCCAAGUUUCCAGAAAACAGAGAUCGAAACAGAUACCGAGAUGUAAGCCCAUAUGAUCAUAGUCGUGUUAAACUGCAAAAUACUGAAAAUGAUUAUAUUAAUGCCAGCUUAAUUGACAUAGAAGAGGCACGAAGGAGUUAUAUCUUAACACAGGGUCCACUUCCUAACACAUGUUGUCACUUCUGGCUCAUGGUUUGGCAGCAGAAGACCAAAGCAGUUGUCAUGCUAAACCGAAUUGUGGAGAAAGACUCCGUUAAAUGUGCACAAUACUGGCCAAUAGAUGACCGAGAGAUGCUGUUUGAAGAAACUGGAUUUAGUGUGAAGCUCCUGUCUGAAGAUGUGAAGUCAUACUAUACAGUACAUCUACUACAAUUAGAAAAUAUCAAUAGUGGUGAAUCCAGAACAAUAUCUCACUUUCAUUAUACUACCUGGCCAGAUUUUGGAGUACCUGAAUCACCAGCUUCAUUUCUUAAUUUCUUGAUUAAAGUGAGAGAAUCUGGCUCCUUGAACCCUGACCACGGGCCUGCAGUGAUCCACUGUAGUGCAGGCAUAGGGCGCUCUGGCACCUUCUCUCUAGUAGACACAUGUCUUGUUCUGAUGGAAAAAGGAGAUGAUAUUAACAUUAAACAAGUGUUACUGAAUAUGAGAAAAUACCGAAUGGGACUUAUUCAGACACCAGAUCAACUCAGAUUCUCUUAUAUGGCCAUUAUAGAAGGAGCAAAGUGUAUAAAGGGAGAUUCAAAUAUACAGUCUUACAGUGUUCUACGGAAACGUAUUCGAGAGGACCGAAAGGCUACCACAGCUCAGAAGGUGCAGCAGAUGAAACAGAGGCUAAAUGAGACUGAACGAAAAAGAAAAAGGCCAAGAUUGACAGACACCUAAAUAUUCAUGACUUGAGAAUAUUCUGCAGCUAUAAAUUUUGAACCUUUGAUGCGCAAAGCAAGACCUGAAGCCCACUCCGGAAACUAAAGUGAGGCUUGCUAAACCUGUAGAUUGCCUCACAGUUGUCUGUUUACAAAGUAAACUUAACAUCCAGGGAAUGAAGAGCAGCCACCAGCAGAAGACUUUGCAGAACUCUUUCAUUUGAUGUAUUGUUAAGUGUUUUUUAAAUGUGUGUAUGAAAUGUAGAAAGAUGUAAAAGAAAUAAAUUAGGAGAGAAUACUUUGUAUUGUACUGCCAUUCCUACUGUAUUUUUAUACUUUUUGGCAGCAUUAAAUAUUUUUAUUAUAUAGA